AUGGCACUGAAAUGGAGAAGUGGCUGGACGACUGGUGCAGACAUUCACUCUCACAACACACGCAACAGGGAAAUCGUGAGACUGGAUGCCCACAGAACCACGUUUUUUGAGGCGAGCCCACAGCAUAUGGCCAAAAAAGUGUAUAAUGCUAUUCCAAUUGAAAUUCGAGAAAUGAAUUCUGAAAUAGUCUUCAAGAAAAAAUUGAAAUUGUGGUCAAGACUAUCUCGAUAUUUGGAUUUCUAUUUUGCAGGUAUUUGCACACACAUACGAUCCUACCAGUAUUACAUUGGUUCACUGUAUGACAAAGAACCUUCUUAUAUUGCUGCGAAAUGUGAAAGUUACUCGAACUUCCAGAAUAGUAAGUGCUGUGACCUGAUUAUAAAUAUGGGAGAAUAUGUUGAUUUCAGAGCCAAAGGGAAAUUCUUCCUAUACACACAUGAAUCUUUGCCUUUUGGAAUGGGAAAGAAAGGCAUUUCAGAGCGUUGCUGGCAAGAUACAAAUGGAACUUCAAGCAGCUGAAUCCGCCCAAAACAAGCAAUACCGUUGCAUGUAAUUCAUAAUAGGUUCAUUUCAUGUGACUUUCCGGUGAAGAUUUUUUGCUAGGGAAGUACUCUGUGCACAAAGAGUGCUCGUCUCCAAAGAGAUGUAUAAACUUUCAAGAAGUGAGGUCCUGAAUAGUAUGUUAUGAUGACUCAUUACAGAGGAAAGCGAACGCAACAAAAUAAUAAAUAGCUAAGAUGUGAUGAAGAAGGCCUAAGUGAUGUAAGGGAACAAAAUGCCCUAUAUUAAAAACAAUAAUUCUGGAGGUGAAGAGCUCAAGAUGAAUAGGUGAUAAUUAUAUAAUGAAUAAUUCAAGAAAAGGUA